ACGGUUUCCGCAAACGCGUGGAUUCGAUUUGUAUAUCAAUUACGCAGCCCCGGUCGAUGAACUUUGCUGGUUUCGUUGGUAUCAGAUAGUGGCAUGUUGGUAUUUAAAUACCGGCGACGUGCAUACCGUUACGUCAAACAUCGAGGCUCGAGUUAAUACGACAACUUCGGGUCACGUAAGCCUCCGCUUGGAACAGGAGACGAGCGUAAGAGAAAGAGCGAGAAAGGGAGGCAGAGGUAGGGACAAACGUGGAAAGUCCGUGGUGGAUAGAGGUGAAACGCCGAGAGGGCACCACCAAAGUCGUCGUACGCGUGCCUCCUCUUCGUGGCGAUGCGGUGCGCGCGCAUUUCACGGUUAAAUUAUCGAGGGGAGGGUUACGGAUUGGCGGCGGCGGCGGCGGCGGCGGUUGAAAAGAGAGAGAGACAAAGAGAAUACUUCGGAUGGAACACGAGGAAGAGGGACGACGAGAGAGCUGGAGGCAGAGAAAUGGGGAAAGAGAGAGAAGAGGAAAGAGUGGGAGGAAAAUCGGUGGGGAUAAAUAAAGCGAAGAGGAAGCGGACACGGCACGGAGGCGGUCAGGGGCGGUAACUGGUUUUCCCUGGGUUCCGCCCAGCAAGCUCUGCCCCUUUUUUGCCCGGGGGCCGAAGUCCUGCUCGCUUCCCUACUACCAUUCCCCUGUCUGGUCGGGGCAAAGCCGAUCGGAUAGCCGGCAGUCUGUCACGGGGCGAAGAACGGGAACCACGUUAACCGGUUUGCCCGACGCACCACGACGUUUCCGAUCCACUCGCUUUUUUAUCCAGCCGACGGCCGCGGACACUGCCUCCGAGGCCUGCGACUUUUCCAAUCUUCCUUUCAACCAACGAAUUCCAGUUUCGAAUCAUCGAACCGUCGGUGAACGCAAGUGAAGUGUGCAUAUUGGACAGAGAGAGACUCGAUAUCUGAGAGAAAGAUAACGCCGAGGACCGCGUCGUUCGUCGAACUCGCCGAAGAACAGCAGACAGGAUUCCGCGAAUUGACGAGUAUAGCCGUUGAUACGCGUCAACGAGAUGUUGACCGACAUGACACCGGCUGCGGCUGGCCAACUUUACCCGCAGCUACAGUCGAUCGCCAAGUCACCGGUGCACGGACAUGUGGAUCAUCCAGGUUUACGAGGUACACCGUUGGCGAUGCUCGCGGCUCAGUGCAACAAAUUGAGCAGCAAGAGUCCACCGCCUUUGGCCGAUGCGGCGGUGGGCAAAGGUUUCCACCCGUGGAAGAAGAGUCCGCAGAGCAGUGGCAGCUCGCCGCAGCACUCCGCUGGAAGCGGUGGCGGUGGAGGCGGAGGAGGUGGGGGAGGGGGAGGGGGCGGGGGUGGAGGAGGAGGUGGAUGCACAACGACCGGAGUCAGUCAAAGACCGGCGGCGACGAGCAGCGCCGGCAGCACGACCGGCGGCUACGCGAGAGCGCCGGUGACUUCCUGCGCGUCGACCGCGCCUCAAUACGGCAGCGACCUGUACUUUCCUGGAACAGCGAGCGCCCAACCGGCCGGCGAUCCGCAUCAUCAUCAAAGCAGCCUGCUCGGUAAGGUCGAGGGAGCGACCUUGGGCUCGGUGUACGGCCGACAUCCGUACGAGUCGUGGCCGUUCAACGCGAUGCCGGGCGCGACACACGGCGGUAUCAAAGCGAGCGACGGUUGGUGGGACGUUCACGGGGCCGCGACAGCCGGCGGAUGGCUGGACGUCGGCAGCACGGUCGGCGUCGGUGUGCAUGCCGCGCAAAUGGCCAACUACUCGGCCGACUACUCGACGAGCCUAGCGCUCGCGGGCAAUCAUUUGCUGACCACCGCGACCACCGCCGGCCACAAUCUCCUUCAAGACACGUACAAAUCGAUGUUGCCGGGAGGCCCUCCCGGGUUCGGUCUUCACCAUCACGCGGCCGCGACGGCGAGCGCGAGCGCCGGUGCCGGUAGCCCUCAGGGGAGCGGCGGCGGCGUCGGCGUUGGGGCAGGCGGCGUUAGCCAAGCCCCGUCGCCGCGCUCCCAAAGACGCUACACCGGACGUGCGACCUGCGACUGUCCGAAUUGUCAAGAAGCCGAGAGACUCGGUCCGGCCGGCGUACAUCUCAGGAAGAAGAACAUCCAUAGCUGCCACAUACCCGGCUGCGGUAAGGUCUACGGGAAAACGUCGCAUCUGAAGGCCCACUUACGGUGGCACACUGCGGCACCUUCGAACCCACACCGGCGAAAAGAGAUUCGCCUGCCCGGUCUGCAACAAGCGGUUCAUGCGCAGCGACCAUCUCGCGAAGCACGUCAAGACCCACAGCAGCAGCAGCAGCAGCAGCGGCAGCAAGGGCAAGGGGGGAGCGGGGAGCUCGUCAGCCGAGUCCUGCUCCGACAGCGAGGACAACGGGAGUCAGCAGAGUCCCACUUCCAGCUCGGUGCCGCCGCAGCCGCAGCCGCCGCCGCCGCCGCAGCAGCAGCAGCAGCAGCAGCCACCGCAGCAACCGGCCCAACCGGCUCAGGCCCAGCACCAGCAGCAGCAGCAGCAGCAGCAGGCUCUGGUGGCGGCGGCGGCGGCGGCGGCGGCGGCAGCGGCAGCGGCGGUGGCGGCGGGCCAGGACACCACCAACAACACCACAUCCCAGACCACCACCACCACCAGUCUCGGCCAUCAGCCGACAACGCCCAUGACCCCAAUACAGAUGACCCCUCCACCUCUGACCCCACACCAUCCCCACCACCCGCAUCUCCCUCCUCUAAUGCACCAUCCGCAUCAUCACGCAACCUCCGUCCCGGCGGCGGCCCACCACCCGCACGCGGGGAUGAGCAUGCACUGAGCCCGGUGGGGCCCGGAGCCGGUGCCUGCAGUUCCGCUGCCGCAACGGCCCUGGGCUCCCCCCUAUCCUACCCCCUCAACCUGAACCUCGUCCAGAAUCACGCCGCUGCUCACCAGACCAUCGCUCACCAUCACGCCACCUCCACCUCUGCCUCCGCAAACACCGCUCCUACCCAUCACCAACACCAGAACCAUCAUCACCAUCACCACCAUCACCACCAUCACCAUCAACACCAACACCAACAGCAACAGCACUCGCGUCAAAGUAAUUCCUAUUCCGUGCAACAGAAUCCUGGCACGCCGGGGACCGCGCAGACUCCCUCACCCUCGUCCCCCGCGCCUGUACAUAGUCUCUAGGUUGACGCGUCGCCACUCUACUAAGCCCUUCGUUCCAUCGGCCGCCCAUUCUCUAUCGCCCCUGCUACCUGUAUUUUCCCCUUCGGUGGAUCGGGCAGCGAUCCUCUCGAACGGUGCUUCGACUAAACGACGCUCGUUCCCUCCCUCCCCCCCCCCGACCUUUCGACUUUUCACGCUAUUCGUCGAAUCCGAUUUCAUUCGAUUCUUCGUCUUUCCGCUCGAACGAGUCUCUCUGUACAGUAGCGAUCGCUGCCUCGUCCACCGAUUCUCUUCUACUUUCUCCCUCGUCCUUUUCUCCUCGUCCCCUUUUGUCCACAGUUCGAGCCUUCACCCACGCACCCGAGAUACUUACCGACUCUCCGUUACUUGUAAAUACUUAUACAUAGCGCGUGAGAAAGAUAUUAUAUUAAUUAUGCGGUGUAAUGUUAAGCGGUGUAAAAAAAUUCUAUAUAACGCACUGUCGUCCUGUAUCAUACACUGAUACGUUCGUAGACACACACACCCAUACACACUCGCACGCACACACACCUACACACUUACACGUACAUCCACGUACACACAUACACACGCGCAGAACAAUUAAAGAAAAUGCAUGAAAGACGUGUUGCGCGCGUGUCGUAUCGUUCUCGUGUUUGUCUUCAACCUCCCCCCCCCCCCCCGAGAAUUUUUGGGGGGCGUGCGAUCAGAAAACCGACUCAACGAACGUCGCGCGUACGAUUCUCGAAUCGUACAACAUUCACAGAUUUUGCUCCGAGCAGGUUCCAAACGUCGCGAAUCCUGAAAAACCAGGCAGGUUUCAUCGUAUCAAAGAGGAGACCGUAAAGUACUAUAUUACGGUCGUUUCCCCCUUGGAUUGCGUUUGGAACUUGAAUCUCGGACGUGAUUCACGCGUCGAUCGACGAACUCCCUUCGAUCUUGAUAUCACUAUAUUAUGGAUUAAUUAUUAUGAAUUAAUUAAUUGAUUAAUUAAUUAAUUAUUAAUUAUUAUCAUUAAUUAUUAUUAAUAAUUAUUAUUGAUGUAUUAUUAUAAAAAUUAUAAAUUCAUUUUAAGAGAGAUAAAGAGAAAAUAAACGAUGCUUUUGUGAGUAACGAUGUGCCUGGAUGAUUCUCUCUUCGUGAUCGUGUUUCUCCACUAAACGUCUAUCGUCCCUUAGCUCUGCCCCAGCUCCUGCUGCUGCGACGCUUUGGUGAACCCGUAACGCCGUCCGCGGAAGACGUCCUGGUUGCGUAUCGCAUCCCCCUCGCUUUCCAUCGACGAAGGAUGCACCUUCAAUCGAUACGGUUCUAUCGUAAUCGGCGACAGAGUAAGUUCAUCAAUUCCAGUCGUUCUCAUUGUCGGCCCUCCUAACGAGUGACAUCUGACUUCGCUCGUUUUCGAUCCAUCGAAAUACAUAUUCGAUUCGCUGAUCGCGAUUUCCGAGGAAAGUGGAAGAUUUUCGGGUCA